AUGAGCGACAACAACAACAAACCAACACAAAAAACCCAAAACAAUGGAGCAAAAACGACGACGACACCAGCAACCACCAAAUCGACAACGACAACAACAUCAAACUGCAAAGCGACCGUUGCAGGUAAGAGUGGCCCAGGAGCUGGGCGCAAGUUUAGCUUCCUGGACGCUCUUUCGCCAGAAGAGCGCGCACUGUUUGAGGAGCACGCACGUGAUGAUGACGACGUGGCCUCUAGCAGCGGUAAUCGAAAGGCGGCUACUGCGACGAGUGCAGAUAAGGCUGAACCCACAGCAACCUCUUCAAGCAGGCUCAGCUGCUCGGAGGAGGACGAAUCCAAAAGGGGUGGGACAGAAGUGCGCAAAAGAAAGAGGAAGCGGGGGGGGAGAAUGCCCCCUGAACCAGCAGCGGGAUGCCCGGGUGGCCCAGACGAUCCACGCAGGAGAGGCAUGAGCGGUGCCACCCUAAAAUGGUACCUCAGGCACUUGCAAGAUGGCAAAUCCCCAGAAGAAGCAUUUAGACUCGCCACGAGCAGGAGCAGGGGCAGCAACCCUUCUCCGGCUGCGAAGAAGCAUGCAAACGCCGCGUCCGUCGCGGGACGCGGGAGCCAGACGUUCAGCCGAGGAAACGCAACCCAGCCUGGGAAACAAGGGAGCGGAAAGGCGGAACCACGGAACACCACAGAUCAAACCGCGAAAAGGAAGAGCGGGCAGAUAACGCCUCAAGAACCCCCAAGUUCAAAAAGGCAAAAGGGGAAUCAACCACCGGCGAUCGGAGGACAACGUUCUGCUCCAAAUCCCAACCCGAGUGAUGGCGGUCAGCGCAAAUACUCGGAAGCCCUCAAAGGCAUCCGAAUGGCUGUGCUGCCUCGCAAUUAUCCGGCGGAGGUCUUGGGGAACUGA